GGCGGGACCUUUGGUUUAUCAACUUAUUAUGGUCCUCGAGGGAAAAGGGAAAUCCUCCCUUGCGUAAUCCUUCCAGAAAAAGACAUCUAGCAAGGAUAAAUUUGGGCUAGAACUAACAAAUCUUACUGGAUUCUAAUUGACAUGCUUUUUAUGGCUUUGGGAAUACGCAAGUACUAGCUAGGGACACCAGCAAGUCACUCACUGUACACGAGAAAGAUUGACCUCCUUUAUUCGCAUUUACACUUAUUGCACUACACGUACCUCUCGCUCCUCCCAUCUCUCCUUCUCCCAUCCUUCUUCAAACUUCUUCUACACUGUGUGUGUACUAUAUCACACCAUUUCUAUCAUUCGUUCCUUUUCUUCUUCUUCUCCUCCUUCUUCUCCAUCUUCUUUUUCUUUGGGGUUCAAUUAUAUCUUCGUAUCAUUGAAGGUGCAAUUAAAGAAAGAGAACGACCGUUUGCUUUCACCACGUUCAAUUCGUUUGCGGCCAAACGGAGUCUGCAAUUGCUGAAGAUUCCAUUCGUGUCCAAUUGGUUAGUGAGAUAGCGGUUGGAUUUAUGAAAGCCGCAUCAACAAGAGUUUCGAAAAUUUCGACAUAAUAAACUUAUUUCAUCAUGGCUACUGGAACAGCCAGAUAUUUGAGAUAUAUUCUCUUUGCGUUCUUUGGUCUCGCCAUCGUCUACUUUAUAUCAUCUUCAUCAGACCAAAGAUUACAAACUGCGCAGCAAGUCUUCACAGAUAAAACGGGCAUUCCUACCAAGGCAGGCACUUCACCCGGGCACUCUGCUGAAGAUUCGACGACAUCCGAUGCUAAGACUUCUCCAAACACUCAUGACCUUCCACCUGCCACCAUCCCAGGAGAGCGUAUGAAUGCGACAUUCGUCACUCUGGCACGGAACUCGGAUAUUUGGGAAAUUGCACGAUCCAUUCGUCAAGUCGAGGAUAGAUUCAACAAGAAAUUCCAUUACGACUGGGUUUUCUUGAACGACAAGCCAUUUGAUGCCACAUUCAAGAAGGUUACCGCAUCCCUUGUUUCCGGAAAGACUCAUUAUGGAGAGAUCCCAGAGAAACAUUGGUCAUUCCCUGACCAUAUCGAUACCGACAGGGCUCGCAAGGUCCGUGAAGAUAUGGCACAAAGAAAAAUCAUCUACGGAGAUUCUGUUAGUUAUCGCCAUAUGUGUCGCUUUGAAUCUGGCUUCUUCUUCCAACAAGAAUUGAUGUUGAACUACGAAUGGUACUGGAGAGUCGAGCCAUCCAUUGAACUUUUCUGCGAUAUUGAUUACGAUGCAUUCAAAUUCAUGGCCGACAACAAGAAGAAGUACAGUUUCGUUUUGAGUCUUUACGAAUAUGUUGAGACUAUUCCAACUUUGUGGGACAGUGUCAAGAAGUUCAUCAAGGCCCAUCCAGAACACAUUGCCGAAGGCAACUCAAUGGGUUUUCUCAGUGAUGAUGGUGGUGAAACCUACAACCACUGCCACAUGUGGUCUAACUUCGAAAUUGGUAACCUCAACUGGCUUCGAUCAAAGGCUUACACGGAUUACUUCGAGCAACUCGACCAAGAUGGAGGAUUUUUCUAUGAACGUUGGGGUGAUGCACCAGUCCACUCCAUCGCUGCAGGUCUUCUCUUGAAGAAAGAAGAAAUUCACUUCUUCAACGAUAUUGCUUAUUACCAUGUUCCUUUCACCCAUUGCCCAACAGGAGAGCAAACAAGACUCGAUUUGAAGUGUCAUUGCAAUCCAAAGGACAACUUUGACUGGAAAGGAUACUCAUGUACAUCACGAUUCUUUGAUAUCAAUAAGAUGGAGAAGCCAGAAGGAUAUGAAAACCAACAAGACUAAAUUUAUAGUCUAAAUUCGCUAUAGUAUUCGUGUUCGAAUGCAUUUUCUAGGGAGUAGCAUUGGCGGUUUGGGGAUCGAUGAUAUAUCUACUAGGUACUAUUUGGCAUGAUAGGAAAGGGGGUACGGGCGUUUGCAUGGGGUAAAAAUCCAGUUGAAACGCUGUAUAUGUUAAGAUGGCCUGGGAUAGGAUCUGGCUUGGGAAGUAACGCCUCUUGGUUUCUCAUCGGGUGGUAGACAAAUUUUGAGAUAGAUUUUUACAACAAAGCAAAGUCUGCAUAGUGAGAGAAGCUAUAUACUCUUUUUGUUUAAUACUGAAGUCUAUAAUUGUACAAGCACCA